CAGGCGGAGGUGGAGCAGAAGAAGAAACGAACCUUCCGGAAAUUCACCUACAGAGGGGUGGACCUGGACCAGCUCCUCGACAUGUCCUACGAGCAGCUGAUGCAGCUGUACAGCGCCCGGCAGCGCCGGCGCCUCAACCGGGGGCUGCGCCGCAAGCAGCACUCCCUGCUGAAGCGCCUGCGCAAGGCCAAGAAGGAGGCGCCGCCCAUGGAGAAGCCAGAGGUGGUGAAGACCCACUUGCGGGACAUGAUCAUCCUCCCCGAGAUGGUGGGCAGCAUGGUCGGCGUCUACAACGGCAAAACCUUCAACCAGGUGGAGAUCAAGCCCGAAAUGAUCGGUCACUACCUGGGGGAAUUCUCCAUCACUUACAAGCCGGUGAAGCACGGCCGGCCUGGCAUCGGUGCCACCCACUCCUCCAGGUUCAUUCCUCUGAAGUAACGAAGCGCUGCGGGGAGCCUUUUCCACGUGUAAAUAAAGACGUUUCUCCCAGCUG